UCGAUUGACAAACAUUGAAAAAAAGACGUUAAUUAAUUAUUUUUUUUGAUUAAAAACCCAAAACAAAAAAUUAUAAAAAAUGGUGAUUCCCAUUGAUGACAGUGGCUUGUCCACAAGUGAAAAACUUUCACAACUUCCGCCACACACACAAACUUCAUUCGACACAGAUCCCGGCCUAAAACUGGAAAUACAAGAAUUCGUGGGGAAUCACAAGGAGUUUCGCAUUGAAACGAAUUUAAUUCAUCUUCGGAUUAUCGGCAACAACAAUCGUGUCAUUUUAAAGUGUAAUUUCGGCAAAUUGGAUGUCAUUGGGCAUGCGACAAAAGUGAAAAUUCACUCAAAUUCCGGAAAAAUAAAUUAUGUUGGAAAUAACGGAAAAAUUUACUUGGGACGCGGUUCAAAAGUCACCAACGUGAAUUACACGGGAAAUCAAGGCAGCGUUAAACUGCUGGAAAACGCGGACUUUAAUACUCAACUUCGACGAUCAAAUCGGUCCAGUUCAUGUGAUAAGAUAAAUCGGAUCGCUGCCAACAAUGAAAAACGUCAAAAGACAUCGACCCCGCCACCUGUGCUGCCUCCAUCGUCGUCGUCGUCACAUUCGCAUCCAUCUUCGUCCUCCGUCGUGCUAAUUAAUGUGAAAAAUAACAUUUCCCUGCCAAAUAUCGAUGAUCUCUCAAAGGCGACGGAACAAAAGCUCAGCGCCCGCACAUCGUUCAAAAUCUCGAAUAGUUCCACGGAUAUUUGUGUGAAUAAUUUCUUCCGGAAACGUUGCACUUGACUAAAGUGAUGUUUAAACAAACACCGACUUUCUUGUAUUAAAAUGCCAGUCAGACGACUGUGUUGUUAUGAAAACAUUUAAAAUAAGCAAAUAACUACGAGAGACUGUAUGACUUCAUGAAUGCAUCAUCGCAAAGCCUGUUUCCUACUAAAUAUUAUUAUUGUUUACAUGAAAGUGUAACAACUAGGUCAAUGUUAACUUAUGUAUUAGAAAAAAAUAAUUAUAACGCGUAAUUUACGAUAAAUAAAUAAAAUAAAGAUAAUUUAAUAAGUACAUAAAAACUCAAGUGUUGUUAGUUUAAUAAUUGAUUAUAGAUUUUUUUUUCACUUCCUGAUUGAUAAAAAAAUC